UUAAAAGGGAUGUGUGCAAAGAAGUGAGAGUAACAUUUGGACGUGUUCCGAGUGGUAGCAAAGAAACCUUAUCCUUCUCACCUGUCAAUUGGAAAGCACCAACUCAAAAAUGAAUGCCUCACUUGUUACAUUCACUUCUCAAUUCUGAAACCACAACCUUCUCUCUCUCUAUCUCAAUGACUACUACAGCUUCUGUUUCCUCUUCUAUCUGCAAUAGAAUCUACAACUUCUCCUUUACCCACUCUUCCAUUUCACUCACCAGCAACUUCCCUCAAAGACCCGUAUCCCAGAAACCUCUCAACCUCAACGUUAAAUAUCAAAGUUUCAGCCUUUCCUUUCUCCCACUUCACCGUCUUCACCCACCUUUUGCUGCCUUUGAUGGAUUAGAAGUGGCUCAAGACAGCACAGAGUCCCAAGAAGAAGAGUCAGAACCACAAACCUUUGAAAACCCACAACAAGAGGAAGAGCAAAGAGUUUCAGACUCAAACGAUGCUGGAAGGCUCUAUGUUGGAAACUUGCCAUUUUCAAUGACUAAUUCUCAAUUGGCUGAGAUCUUUGGAGAAGCUGGCACUGUGAUGUCUGUUGAGAUUGUGUAUGACCGUGUCACGGAUAGAAGCAGAGGAUUUGCAUUUGUUACAAUGGGGAGGGUUGAGGAUGCUAAAGAGGCAAUUGGAAUGUUUGAUGGCUCUCAAGUUGGUGGUAGAACUGUUAAGGUAAACUUCCCAGAGGUGCCCAAAGGAGGAGAAAGGUUAGUAAUGCGACCAAAAAUACGGAACAACUACAGAGGUUUUGUGGACAGCCCUCACAAGAUCUAUGCUGGAAACCUUGGCUGGGGACUCACCUCACAGGGUCUUACAGAAGCUUUUGCAGAGCAGCCAGGUUUAUUGAGUGCUAAGGUCAUCUAUGAGAGGGACAGUGGAAGAUCUCGAGGCUUCGGCUUUGUUUCUUUUGAAACUGCUGAGGAUGCAGCGGCUGCUUUGGAAGUUAUGAAUGGUGUGGAUGUACAAGGUCGGCCCUUACGGUUGAAUUUGGCUGAAGCGAGGGCGCCUUCAUCUCCUCCAGUAAUUGAGGAAAAUGCAGGAAGCAGUGUUGAUAGCUCGGAAUUGCUGACUAGUGCCAGCACAUGAAGAAAUAUAAUCGAUCAAAUUUUGUCCGUAAAAUGCACACAUCAUUUAGCUUCUUCCCUGAAGGUUCCUCUUGUCAAAUUUCCUCUUAAUUGCUGGUCACAUUGGUAUACACUAACUAGCCCUUCAGGCAGUUGUGAGAUGUACCUGAUAUUGAACAUAUCUAUACAAGGGUUUGAUUUUAAUUAUACAGUUUGUAAUUAUGAACGACAAACAUUCAGAGUUUGAACUAAUAAUCUAUUCAAGUGAGAAAUAAUGUUGAAAUGGAAGCGAAGGAAACAUAGAUG